UUUCAGGUAAAGAUGCAGACGAUCAAAUGUGUAGUGGUUGGAGAUGGUGCUGUCGGUAAAACAUGCCUUCUCAUUUCGUAUACUACCAACAAAUUUCCCAGUGAAUAUGUACCCACUGUAUUUGAUAACUAUGCAGUGACAGUAAUGAUUGGAGGAGAACCAUAUACGCUCGGUUUGUUCGAUACAGCCGGUCAAGAAGAUUAUGAUAGAUUGCGUCCUCUCUCCUAUCCGCAAACAGAUGUAUUCUUGGUUUGCUUCUCUGUUGUUGCACCUUCAUCAUUCGAAAAUGUGAAAGAGAAGUGGGUGCCGGAAAUAGCACAUCACUGUAUGAAGACUCCGUUUCUGCUGGUUGGAACGCAGAUUGACCUUCGUGAUGAUCCCUCCUACAUCGAGAAAUUGGCAAAAAUCAAACAACGACCAAUUACAUUCGAAGUUGGGGAGAAGUUAGCGAAAGAAUUGAAGGCAGUGAAAUAUGUCGAAUGUUCAGCGCUUACACAGAAAGGCCUAAAAAAUGUAUUUGACGAAGCAAUAUUGGCAGCGCUGGAACCACCAGCACAGGAGAAAAAGAAGAAAUGUACUAUACUUUAACCUCAUCACUUUUUUCAAACUUUGUUUGUUGGCAGUAUAUUUCUCGAUCAUGUUAUAUCGGUUUUUAAUUUGUUAGUCAUUUAUCCGUAAUGAUUAUGAUAAUGUCUCAAGCGAUGCACAUACCGCACCACCACCAUCAUCACCAUCACCACUUCUCUCCUUUGGUUUGGUCCCUUCGCGCAUAUGUGCAAUGUUUCCAUUUAUCCAUACGAUAUACCUAUAGACUGUAUUCUUGUGCCACACAUCUUUUGUCAUACAUUGCAGACAACCAAAUUUCCGGGAACCUUAUUAGCUUUGGGAAACUUAUGGCUAGACCGAUACUGUUUGAAUAAGUCGAGUAAUGCAAAAGGCUGUGUUAUUGGAGACCACUAGAACUUCUAGUGAAAUUGACUCUUACGUUGUUGCUUUGUUCCGUAUUCAAAGUCCAUAUAAAUCUCUUGCAUCCCGCAAAAAUAUUUCAUGGUACGAACAGUGAAGAAUAAACAUCAGGGAACCGACUCGAAGUUCCAUAACUAAACU